ACGUCGCGUCGGCCUGAGGCACUCUCGCGAGAAGAGCCGUGCAGGCCGGGAAAAAUGGCGCCUCCCAGCCCCCGGGAGCCAAAGGCCCCGACUGCCACGAGCGCCGCCAACCCCGACGGGGAAAUGGUGCUGCCGGGCUUCCCGGACGCGGACAGCUUCGUGAAGUUUGCUCUCGGGUCAGUGGUGGCAGUCACCAAGGCAUCUGGGGGCCUACCACAGUUUGGCGAUGAGUAUGAUUUCUACCGAAGUUUUCCUGGCUUCCAGGCAUUUUGUGAAACACAGGGAGACAGAUUGCUUCAGUGUAUGAGUAGGGUAAUGCAGUACCAUGGGUGUCGAAGCAACAUUAAGGACCGAAGUAAAGUGACCGAGUUGGAGGACAAGUUUGAUUUACUAGUUGAUACCAAUGAUGUCAUUCUGGAAAGAGUGGGUAUUUUACUGGAUGAAGCAUCAGGUGUGAAUAAGAAUCAACAGCCUAUCCUCCCAGCAGGAUUGCAGGUUCCCAAAACGAUAGUGUCCAGCUGGAACCGUAAGGCAGGAGAGUAUAGCAAAAAAACAAAAUCUGAAACUUUCCGGUUGCUUCAUGCAAAAAACAUCGUCCGGCCUCAGCUUAAAUUCCGAGAGAAGAUCGACAACUCCAACACUCCAUUUCUUCCCAAGAUCUUCAUCAAGCCCAAUGCUCAGAAACCCCUCCCUCAGGCACUCUCUAAAGAAAGGAGGGAGCGCCCGCAGGACCGGCCAGAAGACCUGGACGUCCCCCCUGCACUGGCGGAUUUCAUCCAUCAGCAGAGAACCCAGCAGGUGGAACAGGACAUGUUUGCACAUCCUUAUCAGUAUGAGCUGGAUCACUUCACUCCACCAGAUUCAGUCCUGCAAAAGCCACAGCCUCAGUUAUACAGGCCUGUGGCAGAGACGCCCUGCCAUUUCGUGUCCUCCCUGGAUGAGCUGGUGGAACUCAAUGAAAAGCUCUUGACUUGCCAAGAAUUCGCCGUAGACUUAGAGCACCACUCGUACAGGAGCUUCCUGGGCCUGACGUGCCUGAUGCAGAUCUCCACCCGAGCGGAAGACUUCAUCGUGGACACGCUGGAGCUUCGCAGCGACAUGUACAUUCUCAACGAGAGCCUCACAGACCCCGCCGUCGUCAAGGUCUUCCACGGUGCUGACUCGGACAUCGAAUGGCUCCAGAAAGACUUCGGCUUGUACGUAGUGAAUAUGUUUGAUACCCAUCAGGCGGCACGCCUCCUGAACCUGGGCCGGCACUCCCUGGACCAUCUCCUGAAACUCUACUGCGGUGUGGAGUCGAACAAGCAGUACCAGCUGGCCGACUGGAGAAUACGACCUCUGCCCGAGGAAAUGCUCCACUACGCCCGGGACGACACCCAUUACCUGCUUUACAUCUAUGAUAAGAUGCGGCUGGAGCUGUGGGAGCAAGGCAACGAGCAGCCCGCGCAGCUGCAGGUCGUGUGGCAACGCAGCAGGGACAUCUGCCUUAAGAAAUUCGUCAAGCCCAUCUUCACUGACGAGUCCUAUCUUGAACUGUACAGGAAGCAGAAGAAGCAUCUCAACACCCAGCAGCUGACAGCCUUUCAGCUGCUGUUUGCCUGGAGGGAUAAAACGGCUCGUAGGGAGGAUGAAAGUUAUGGAUAUGUCCUGCCUAACCACAUGAUGCUGAAGGUCGCAGAAGAACUGCCCAAGGAACCUCAGGGCAUCAUAGCUUGCUGUAACCCUGUCCCACCUCUUGUACGGCAGCAGCUCAAUGAGAUACAUCUUUUAAUCCAGCAGGCCCGGGAGAUGCCCUUGCUCAAGUCUGAAGUUGCAGCUGGCGUACGGAAGAGCGGCCCGCUGCCUGGUCCUGAGAGAUUGGAGAAUGUUCUCUUCGGACCCCACGACUGCUCCCACGCCUCUUCAGAUGGCCACCCUGUCAUCCCCAGCAACGAGCCUGCGCCAGCGCAGAAACAGGCAAGCCUCUUCCCCGACCAAAGAGAGGAGACCCUGCCAGAUACCAGAUGCCUUAUCGCUACUGCCGUCAUCACGCUGUUUAACGAGCCUAGUGCCGAAGAAACUAGAAAGAGCCCAUUAACGGUUGCCCAGAAGAAAGCCCAGAACAUAAUGGCGUCCUUCGAAAAUCCAUUUAAGAUGUUCCUGCCUUCCCUCGAACAUCGCGCUCACGUUUCUCAGGCAGCAAAGUUCGAUCCGUCAUCAAAAAUCUACGAAAUCAGCAACCGCUGGAAGCUGGCAAGCCAGGUGCAGACGCACAAAGGACCUAAAGAAACGGCCAAGGAGAAGGCGGCGGAGCAAACAGCCGCGCGGGACCAGGCCCAGGAGGAGUACAAGGCGACCGCGGAGCAGGCCGUGUCUGUCCGACAGCAGGCUGCCCUGGAGAGUGCCGCCAAGAAGAGAGAGCGGACCACAAGUGACCCGAGGACCACAGAGCAGAAACAAGAGAAGAAACGACUCAAAACUUCCAAGAAGCCAAAAGACCCGGAUCCACCAGAAAAAGAUUUCACCCCUUAUGACUACAGCAAGUCAGAUUUCAAGGCUUUUGCUGGAAACAGCAAAGCGAAACCUUCCCAGUUCGAUCCAAAUAAGCAGACCCAGCCCAGCAAGAAAUGCGUUGCACCCAAAAAACUUAAGCAGUCGGUGGGAAACAAAAGCAUGUCCUUUCCAACCGGAAAGUCAGACAGGGGUUUCAGGCACAGCUGGCCAAAGAGAUAGAGGCGGAGGAGACCCUUGGAACUCCCCAGAGGACUGGAAGCACCGGGUGGUGCUGCUGCUUUUUGUACGGACCCCUUUUUAAACCAUUAAAAAAUAAUCUUGGAAGAAAGCGGAUUCCAGACUUUUCCUUUGCUGCCACCUCAGGGCUGGCAGGGAGAGGACAGACCCCACCCCACUCGGAGCCCGGGCUUCAGCCAUCUGGGGGUAAGUGUGCCCUUGAGGACACUAAGAUUUCUGGGGGAGCCCAGAAUCACCCCCGAGAGAGUGUGAGUCACAGGAGACUGAAUCACAGAAGACUCAGAAAAGGGCGGCUUCCACGAGGCACGGGGCACUGACUCUCCCUUUCCAGGGGUUCUGGGGCCAUUUGACCCCCUCCACAUGCCCUCAGGUCAUGCCACUGAGGCCGCAUGGUGCGGACCUUCUCGGGAAGAUUUGCUGCUGGAGGUUUAGAGCCAGCCGUGACCUCCGGAGGGCCGGGGUUCUCUGCCGUUCCUGUCUCACUCCUUUUUGUUUCUUUUUAACAUUUUCCCCAAUUUGGAAAAGUAUUUUAAUGUCGUUUUCCCCAGUUGGAAAAGUCAUAGCACGUUCAUUGGUGGAAUGAGGAAACAAGAAAAACCACAUGAUCAGUAAUCUCACCGCAGAGAGAGAAACUUCCACGCCUUGGUGUCAAGGCUUUGUACCACGUGUUGACUCAUUUCCAAACUUGGAUUUAUGUUUCUACAGUUUUUCACACUUUAAAAGUUUUUUUGUCUUUUCUCCUUCUAAACUUCCUAGCUCGCCACCAUUUUUGAACAUUUAGAUUUCCAUUUUUGUAUUAAUAAUGUACCAUGUAAUUUCUUCAGAAUUCUAUUUGAUUUUAAUCCUGGAAUGGGCUAUUAAAUUCAGAAA